GGUGCCAUCGGGUUGGGAAUUAUUGGCAUUUAUGUGGCUCUGCUUGGUUUCUCUUGCGCUGGAGAUCUUCUUUACGCUUGUUGCCGAAGCAAAUACAAUAAUAAACUUCUUAUUAAGACCAUAGACAAAGGCAAUCGACCUGGAGCUGGAGUUUCAAAUGAUAAUUUUUUUCCGCGAACUGAAAUUGUAGAACGUCUUAAAAGAAUUCUUCAACCUGAUGAAAAUCAAUCACAUUAUUACUUGUAUCGAAUAAUGUUGAUCAUGGCGUCAGCUUUGAAAGCUUUUAAACAUGAUGCUAAAGUGUAUAAAGCAAAACGUGGCAGACCUGCGGUUAUUGUUUAUGAUAACGUUAGCCAGUUGGUUUCAAAACAUCCAGAUAUCCUUGAUACCCUCCAAGAUGAUGCCAAAAAAAAAAUGCAGAUGAUCAAAUAUACAUCGCGGUCUCGUAAUUCCUGGUCACGAGCAAAAAAGCCACCAAUAGAAAUCGGUGACCUUAACGAGGAAGAAUCAAUAAAAUAUCUGACUGAGAUACAUAAGGUCACCGAAAAAGCGGAAGAAUUAUAUCAAUUGGUCGGUGGUCGCAUUUUAGAGUUGAAAGAUGUUGCAAAUGACUUUUCGUCAGGACAAUCCAUUGAAGAUAUCAGGGAGAAAAUAUUACUUGAAGCCUAUAACAAACUUAAUUCAGCAAAAAUACUUAAAAAUCAAAAACAUUAUGAAGCAGGAAAACGUGUAAUUGACGCUUUGCUGAGAUCCAAAGAGAUUAAUAUUAAAGAAUUUAGAGAAUUAUUUGCAAAUGAAGAGGAAUACUGUGAAACCUUAGAAGCUAACGUGUUUGCAUUUCAUCCUUCAAGAAAUACUGUGGAUUUCCAAUCGCAAUCAAUAGAAUAUUACAUUCGGAAAAAUUAUGAUGUAUUUGCUGAUCUAGUUAGCCUUAGUUCUAAUUACGCAUCAACUUCCAAAUCAUAA